AUGUCUCACACCGCCUCAAAGGCGACCUUUCUCUCUUUACCUAUCGAGCUCCGCCUAGAGAUUGUCGCAUACGCGCUGGAACAAUCUGACGCGGGACUCACGAAACACCACGAGUCCAAUGAGGGACGAACUUGUUCUACGAUAGAUGAGAGGUACAAAGCUAGUACCAACCUUGCGAUACGGCUGGUUUGCCGCCAGUUCAACGCUGAGUUCCGUCGCCUUGCCAUCCACAGUACCCUCUUUGUGCUCGCCAGGAACUCCACACGAGUUGCCGGUCAGCAAGUCGAAGAGCUUCUACAAGAUGUAAAGAAGUUGAGGAUUCACUGCGACCAUGAGACCAUCGGGAAAUGGUACGAGCACCCGUUGAACAGGCAAUGUAUGCAUCUCGAUGAGCUACAGUUUGUAAUGCCACUCGACAACUCUACCAACCGGACAGCCCUCGUGGGUCUGCUCAGACGUCUGCGCAACGUCAAACAAGUCAAGCUCCUCUUCCCGAACCAUCGUGUUGCAAAAGAGCCCUAUGGGUACAUCAGAUUACUCGGCGAGUUGCUCAAAGAAGACCAUUUCCAGAGAUACGAUGCCCCGAACGCCCCCAAUUUCGAGUCUACAUGUUGGGAGUGGAGUUUUGACAAAGAGUCUAGUUGGGCUGUCUUCGUGGCUCGGGAACCUAUGGCGCUUAUCCCGGAAGAGCAUUACUUGCUGCUCAUGAAGCCGAAGAUCGACUACAUUAUGGAUUACAUGGCAUCAUAG